AUGAACGAACAGAACAAAGAGGCUGCUUCGACUUUGGCACAAGAAAGAAAUUUACGAGAGGCGCAGCAGAGAAAGGAAAAAGAUCUUCUAGAAAGAGGAGAUCUUUUGAAAGUAGCUGCUACCGAAGCAAAACGUAAAAGAAAACUCGAACAAGCGAGAAGAAGUACGCCAUCACCGCAACCGCCGAGGACGCCUACUCCACCAGGAUAUCAUGUGACGAUCUCCGACAGUGAUGAGGAUGAAAAACUGCGCAUGACUGUAUACGAAUUUCUUCGAGGAGCUUGGGCAUUUGUGAGGGAGACUUGGCUUGGAGAAAGAAAAAAUUGUCUGGGACAGGAGAGGAGAUACCAUGCUCGGUAG